AUGGAAUUUGAACAUAGUAGAUGGAUGUAUAAUAGGACUCAUCCUCAUUGUGCGGGAUUGAGGAAGGAAUUUAUAGAAGGAGUUGCGGGGUUUAUUGCUAAGGCGAAACCGCUAAAUAAUUUUCUUAUUGAAGGGACAAUUAGGUGCCCUUGUGUUAAAUGCAAGUGUGUCAAGUUAUUGAGACCAGAUGUAGUUGAACUUCAUUUUUACAAGAAUGAAUUUAUGGAAAAUUAUUAUGUGUGGAUUGUUCAUGGAGAGAAUUAUGAUUUUCAUAAUUCUUUUGGUGGUGAGGGUAGUCCCAGAAUAGAGAAUAAUUUUGAAAAUUAUCGAUUCAAUGAAAUGAUGAGAGAUGUUUUUGAGAUGUUCCCAGGGGCUGAAUCCGAACCAAAUGAUGAGGCUAAGCUCUUUUAUGAACAACUAGAGGAAGCUAGUCAUCCAUUGUAUGAAGGCUCAAUGCAUUCCAAGUUGUCUGUUGCAGUUAUACUUCUAACUAUCAAAUCUGAUAGUUCUUUUUCUCAAGCGGGCAUGGAUUCUAUCAUUGGGCUUAUGAAUGAACUAAAUCCGAAUAAAAUUAACUUACCCAAAGAUUUCUAUACUGCAAAGAAAUUGGUGUCCAAGUUAGGACUUUCAUCAGAGAGGAUUGACUGUUGUGAGAAAGGAUGCAUGUUAUUUUAUAUGGAUGAUGCAGCGUUAGAAAAUUGUAAGUUUUGUAACCAACCUCGUUAUAAGGAGGUUACAAAUGCUAAUAAGAAGAAGGAACAUAGAAGGCCAACCGGUAUUCUAUGUCACCCGUCAGAUGGAGAAGCAUGGAAGUAUUUUGAUAGGGUGUUCCCGGACUUUGCAAGUGAACCAAGAAAUAUUAGGUUGGGAUUAUGUGCUGAUGGAUUCACUCCAUUUGCAGUCUUUGCCGUACCAUAUUCAUGUUGGCCAGUGUUUGUUACGCCGUAUAAUCUUCCUCCAGAAUUUUGUAUGACAAGUCCAUAUUUGUUCUUAACUUGCAUUAUUCCAGGUCCACGCAAUCCAAAAAGUUUGAUUGAUGUAUACAUGCAGUCGUUGAUUGAUGAGUUAAAUUUAUUGUGGCAUCAAGGUGUGGAAACCUAUGAUAUAUCAACUAAACAGAAGUUCAGAUUGUGUGCCGCUUUAACGUGGACUAUAAAUGAUUUUCCUGCUUAUGGAAUGCUAUCCGGGUGGUCGACUGCUGGAAAGUUAGCCUUCCCGACUUGCAUGGAAGACACAAAAGCGUUAACUUUGAAACAUGGAGGUAAGAACACAUGGUUUGACUGUCAGAGUCGUUUCUUGCCAAUGGAUCAUGAAUUUAGGAGAAACACUAGUGCAUUUAUGAAGAAUCAAACUGAUUAUGAAGAGCCACCUUCAGUCUUGUCACCAGAAGAAAUUUGGAACAGAGUUAGGGAUCUACCUAAGGUAACAGAGUCUCCAUUGCCUAAUAAGAUACGUGGUUAUGGUGUUACCCAUAACUGGACUAAACAGAGCAUAUUUUGGGAGUUACCUUAUUGGAAGCAUAAUCUUCUAAGGCAUAAUCUUGACGUCAUGCAUAUUGAGAAGAAAUUUUUUGAUAACUUGUUUAAUACUUUGAUGGAUGUCAAUAACAAGACAAAAGAUAACUUGAAGGCCAGGAUGGACUUGAAGGAAUAUUGUAGGCGAAGUGAGUUGUACCGUACAUACUUGAACAACAAGAUUCAGAAGCCCAAGGCCAGUUACACAUUCACUUUGGAUGAGAGAAGAAAGAUUUGUCAGUAG